CCAGUUUCAGUCUGACCUGAGACUGAGUAUGUAACCCUGACAGAAAGACAGCAUCGUGCGAAGGCAGAGAGAUAUGAUUGCGGCUGUUUUGCUGCUGUGUGCUGUCGGAGCGCUCUGCUCUGAUGGUGCAGAGAAUGAGGUCUGCGUAUCCAGUCAUAAGGCGACAUGUUUUCUGCCAGCUGACUAUCUGAAUGCAUCUGGUCCUGUCAGCGUAGAGCUGUCUGUGGGCAAGAAACUCAUCAUCUCCCUGGAGGGCCUCGCUGGGGAUCCUGUCUGCCACUGGAUCAGAGGGAUAGAUCCAGUGCUAAACGGGAGUCACUCCUUGGUCACAGCACCACUUUCUGUGACAGAUUCAGGGACUUACACACUGCUCUGUGAAACUGGCAAUGCGGCCAGGUCCUCAAUAACUGUGCUUCUUCAUGUAGUAAUGAAACGUCCCACAACACCUCAGCUGAUGCUGGAUCGUGUAAAUGUCAAAAAGACUUCCCCCUUUUUUAAGUGCAUCUCUGAAGGCUCCCCAAAACCCACAAUCAAAUGGUUUGGAAACAUUGAUGGGCAAAAUGGUAUUGGAAACAACGGAGAGUCAGUGAGCAUGAUAUCGAGCUCUGGCUAUCAUGACAAAGGAGUGAUGUGCUGUGCCACUAACGCUGAAGGACAAGAAUGCACCCAACUGUAUGACUACGACUUACAAAGCAACGUCAUGACAAAGGAUGAGGCUUCUACUGUCACCCUGAGCCCUGGUCAGUCUUUACUGCUUCGCUGCCGAGGACUCAAUUCCAAUCCCCCGUGGAAGUAUGGUGACACAAUACUGGAUGCCAGCAAAUUAGUAUGUGGAAAACAGGCGGAGAUGUGCAUUAAACGUGACAGUCAUUAUGACAGUGAGAUGACUUACCUGUUCAUCAGAUCAGUGAGCGUGGAGCACAGCGGCACAUACACCUGCAUGAGUUCAGAGAAUAAAAAUAAGUCAGUUUACAUUCAUGUCCAAGCUGAAGGCUUCCUCUCCGUCCAGCUGGAUAAAGUCAAGAUCCUAGCGGCUGAGAACGCGUCCAGAACCUGCUUGCACGCCAAUGUUUCUUACCAUCCUGUGCUCCAGCACUGUUUCUGGGAGGCUCCCGAUAAAAACAUGACUAAAUGCAUCAGGGACACAUGGGUGACGAAGCACAGGACCGUGAAGCUCUGCAAUCCUCUCAGAUCAGGAAAUUAUAAAUUACACCUGGAAGCCGGAGGACAAAAACAAACAAAGGCAAUAUCAGUGUGUGUUGUCGACAAACCAAAAUUCACAUUCAAGCAAAACAAUAAUACCUUCACCUUUGAGACUGCGAGUCUUGUACCAGCUAAUUAUACCUGGAUGUCUUGCUCUCCGUCCAAUGACAGCUGUAAAUCAGAAUCUUCUUGGAAAGAGAUCCCAAAUUCCCGUCAAACGGACUCUGAUGUCUUCUGUAACAAGACGAUCAAGGGCUCACUGAGCAGAGAUCUGAUGGAUGGACACCUUUUGAGGUUUUGCCUGACAAACUCAGUUGGCUCCUGGUGCGAAAUUACAUACCCAAUAUACUACCAGUACCCACCAAUGGCUGCCAAAGGUGGGCCACCAAAUGAUAAUGACUCGUUGCUGCUGAAAGUAGGCAUCUUGGUUCUGUUCCUGGCUUUGGUAGUAGUCGUCAUGGUGCUCGUGCACUUUAUCAAAAAGAAGAAACCCAAGUAUCAGUCUCAGCUGCAGAUGAUCCAGAUGGUUGGACCCAAUGACAAUGACUACAUCUACAUCAACUUCAAGGACUUUGAGUACAACCAGAAAUGGGAGUUUCCCAGAGAGAACCUGGAACUGGGGAAAGAACUGGGCUCUGGAGCUUUUGGCAUGGUGGUGCAGGCGACAGCUUAUGGUAUCAACAAGCCUGGAGUCUCACAGCAGGUGGCCGUCAAGAUGCUUAAAGAAAAACACCAGUCGGUGGAGAAGGAGGCUCUGAUGUCAGAGCUCAAGAUGCUGACUCACAUCGGCCAGCAUGCCAACAUCGUCAACCUGCUCGGCGCGUGCACAGACACGGGACCCAUAUACCUGAUCUUCCAGUACUGCUGUUUUGGGGACCUGCUGAACUACCUGAAAAACAACAGUGAACGCUACCACAAGUCUGUGACUGAUGCUUUCACCAAGGAUCGAUUCAGGAGCCUUUACCACAACCUGCAGCUGAAGAAAAAGCCAAGUGAGCCAGAAGCAACGGUGGACAACUACGUGCCAAUGUACGGCUCCUCCGCCACCAGAGGGCAGGAGGACAUCGCCCUCCUCGCCCUCAACUCCGGCGACAUGGAGGGCUAUGAAGAUCCAGAGAGCUUUGACAGCUCAGAUGAUCAGACAGAAGACCUAGAGGCCCUGACCUUCGACGAUCUGGUGAGCUUUGCCUUCCAAGUGGCCAAAGGAAUGGAGUUCCUCUCCUCCAAGAACUGCAUCCACCGGGACCUGGCAGCUCGAAACGUGUUGGUGACAAAAGGCAGGCUGGUGAAAAUUGGUGACUUUGGUUUGGCUCGGGACAUCGACAAUGACUCCAACUACGUCGUGAGAGGAAAUGUGCGUUUGCCAGUGAAGUGGAUGGCCCCAGAGAGCAUCUUUCAGGGGAUGUACACCAUGAAGAGUGACGUCUGGGCUUACGGCAUUCUGCUCUGGGAGAUCUUCUCACUCGGUGUCACUCCGUACCCCGGCAUGAAGGUGGACCACACGUUCUAUUCAAUAAUUGAGAGAGGAUUUAAGAUGGACUGUCCGUACUACUCCGACCAGUCUAUGUAUGAGAUGAUGUGUAAGUGUUGGGAACUGGAUCCCUGCAACCGUCCAUCUUUCUCCAAGCUGGUGUCCUUCAUGUGCGACCAGCUGACAGACAGAGAGGAGAAGCUCUACCACAACAUGCUCGACCAGACUUCCAGCGACUACCAGAAUGCGGCGGCUGUUUUGGACAUUUGUGCCUUGGCAAAGCGCGACGAAAACAAGACACAGUCAGCCAACGACUACUGUCAAAACCAUGUGAGUGAAGAAAGCAAAGUAGAAAUACCCGAGUCAGACACCGUGGCAGCUGAGGAGGAGCCUCUGAAGCCUUCAGAUACAGAGUGAUCACCUGUUAUAUUUUGAUGCUCUAACCAUUUAAUCUAUGUAACCGUUACUUCAUAUUAUUCUCAUAUAAUAAUCUCAACAUUUUAAGUAGAAUGUACUUUCUUUGUAUGCUAUUCAAAUAUUAUAAGUGUUAAGAUGCUUACUGUAGGUGGGAUAGAAUACAACACAUGUAGCAUAUAUUAGCAUUAUCUGCAGGGUUAAAUCGAGGAUUUGGUUCUUCGGUGAACUGCACUCACCAGCUACUUCAUUAGGCACACCUAUGAAAUCUAAUGCAACCCAGUGCCAAUCUCCUCCAAUGCCAAGUGUCCUCUUCUUGUAUGUUAUGAGGUGACACAGCUGUUGUAGUGGACUGCAUUACAUUUCACAGGUGUACCUGAUAAAGUGAUUGGUAAGUGUAUAUUUUUACGAUAAAAAUGUGGUCUGAGUAUUUUUGUAUACUUUGAGUUUUUUGUGCAGCUAAAAGUGAAAAUCAGGUUUUACGAGUAUACUUCAGACAUGUAAAUAUGACAUCUGUUUGCCUUAAAGUAUAUACAUUUAUAUCAACAGCUAUUACAAGCAGUUUAAGCUCCAUUAUUUUAUACAUAUAUAUCUCUUUUUUUCAUGCAAUGCUUUUAAUGAUGACAAUAGAAUUUUACACUGUAUUGUAUAAGGGUUAACCCUCCUAUUACCUUUAGGGUCAAUUUGACCCAAUUCGAUGUUUAACAUCUCCUAAAAAGUUACUGACAUAACUUUUUCAGUUUUAUUUAAAGGCCUAUUUACACAUACACGUGGGUAACAAUUUUAAUUAUGAUAUUUUCUGUCUGUUUAAAUUGCUGGGGUCAAAUCGAACCAAAGGAUAAAAGAUGUCAGUGAAUUUGAAGGUAUUAAGAGGGUUAAGUGCAAGCAUUAUACCUGCAAUAAAAUGUACUUUACUCAUUAAA